GUUCAGACAAAGUUGAUGGCGGCCACAUGCCAGUGGAAGUGCAGUUAUAAGAAUUAGUAGAAUUAAAUUAUUGAACUCUAACUACAGCCAGAUAAAUCCCGCAGAAUGAAGGACACGCCGUUGUCUAACUGUGAGCGGGAUUUCUUGCUCAAAGCCAUCGAAGAGAAAAAGCGCCUGGAUGGACGACAGACCUACGACUACAGAAAGAUGAAGAUCACGUUUGGGACCGACUAUGGAUGCUGCUUUGUGGAUCUGGGGAAAACCAGGGUCAUGGCCCAGGUGUCAUGUGAGCUGGUGUGUCCUAAAGAGAGUCGACCAAACGAGGGGAUCAUGUUCUUCAACAUCGAGCUGUCACCUAUGGCCUCACCAGCAUUUGAACAGGGCAGACAGUCUGAGUUGUCAGUGAAGCUAAACAGGCAGCUGGAGAGAUGCUUGAGGAACUCCAAGUGCAUUGAUACCGAGUCCCUGUGUGUGGUGUCUGGGGAAAAGGUGUGGCAGAUCAGGGUGGAUGUUCACAUGCUGAAUCAUGACGGGAACCUGAUGGAUGCUGCUAGCAUUGCUGCUAUUACCGCUCUGAGCCACUUCAGGCGCCCUGAUGUCGGCAUCCAGGGAGAGGACGUCACAGUGUACAGUCCGGAGGAGAGAGACCCUAUUCCUCUGAGUAUCUACCACAUGCCCAUCAGUGUCAGCUUCGCGUUCUUCCAACAAGGGACCUAUCUGCUGGUGGACCCCUGUGAGCGGGAGGAGCGUGUGAUGGACGGGUUGCUGAUGAUCGCCAUGAACAAACACAGAGAAAUCUGCUCCAUCCAGUCCAGUGGCGGCAUCAUGUUGCUUAAAGAGCAGGUUAUGAGAUGCAGUAAAAUAGCCAGCGUCAAAGUGUCCGAAAUCACAGAACUCAUCAGCAAAGCCCUGGAGAAUGACAAGAAAGCAAGGAAGGCGGGGGGUAGGUGUGGUUUUGCAGAGUCUUUGCCUCAGGAGCGAAUCACAGCACUGAAAAUGGACGAGACUCCAGUGGAGAUGACAGAUGUGACAGACAGAGCCAACGACAUAGUCCGGAAAGCCGAGACCCCGCCUCAGACGGUGCCUUCCCCAGUGGUGCCCGUCCCAGGGGUGGGUCAAGUAGGGCAGGGGCUGCAGAACACCUGGGGACUGGAGGAGGAUGAUGAAGAGGAAGAGGAGGAAAAUGACAACAGUGUUAACGAACAGGAGGAUAAAGUAACAGAGAUGGAAGAGGAACAGCAUGAAAAGGAGGAGAGCGGAAGAGAAGAUGUGGUUGAGAUAUCUGACAGUGAAGAGGAGGAUGUGGUCAUACUUCAUCCGGAGACACCAGACAAAGCUCCUAAAAAUACAGGAUCCAGUUCGCAGCACAAGGGGGCAGCAACAUCAAAGAAAAGACGGAAGUAAUGAAAGAAGGAUCCCUGCAGACCAACUGCAGCACCUCUGCAAAAUAAAGACUC